AUGAACGAUCUUUUCUCAGGCUCCUUCUCUCGGUUCCGCAACCAAGAUCAAUCUCCGCCGCCGGAAUCCCACGUAAUUGAGAUGAGCAACACCAACGGCGUCAAACUGGACAAGUUCUUCGAAGACGUGGACGCCAUUAAAGAGGAACUCAAUGACCUGGAGACCCUUUACGGCCAGCUUCAGGCCGCCCACGAACAGAGCAAGACUCUGCACAACGCCAAAGCCGUUAAAGACCUCCGGUCCAAGAUGGACAACGAUGUUUCUCUGUCACUGAAGAAGGCCAAGUUCAUCAAGGUCCGAUUGGAAGCCUUAGACCGGUCCAACGCCGCUAACCGGAGCAUCCCCGGUUGCGGACCCGGAAGUUCAUCGGAUCGUACCCGGACCUCUGUAGUCAACGGGCUGAGGAAAAAGCUUCAUGAUCAGAUGAAUCAGUUCACCGAUUUGCGCCAGAGAAUGGCCGGAGAGUACCGAGAAACUGUUCAGAGACGGUAUUACACCGUCACCGGAGAAAACCCAGAUGAGGCCGUACUGGAUUCGUUAAUCUCAACAGGGCAGAGUGAAACAUUCUUGCAGAAGGCGAUUCAGCAGCAGGGCAGGGGUCAAAUUAUGGAUACAAUUAUGGAAAUUCAGGAAAGGCACGACGCGGUGAAGGAAAUUGAGAGGAAUUUGAAUGAAUUGCAUCAGGUUUUCUUGGAUAUGGAUGUGCUGGUGAAGACUCAGGGGGCUCAGAUUGAUGAUAUUGAGAGCGCGGUUCAAAGGGCGAGUUCGUUUGUUUCGGAUGGAAGACAGCAACUUGAGACGGCCAGGAAGCAUCAGAAGAAUACCAGGAAAUGGACUUGCUUUGCUAUCAUCCUCCUCCUCAUCAUCAUCUUGAUUGUUGUUCUUUCCAUCCAGCCAUGGAAGAAAUGA